UUGAGCGAGAGCAUUUGUCGGGUCAGCCCCGUCGAUAACAAUUCAAGCUCAGUCUUACGGGUAUGAGUUAUAGGUAAAAAUAACACGUUCGUCAUAUUCACACUGGACACUAAACGGUGGCAGGAGACCGACACGUUGACAUUGUACACAUGCAACGAUGAUAGCGUUUGGAAUUGUUGGGGUGUUCCUGAUUGCACUGGUGAUCAGCGUCUUCGUCUUCAAAGUACUUCCUGUUCUCCGGAAACUACAGAAAUGGCACACGGCGCUGGAUGACAAGUUUCAACAUUACCCCAUUCACUGGCUGUGGGGAAAUCUGAAACAGAUUAAGAGUUUUAAGGAAUUUCUUGAAGACACUAUGGUAUUUUUGAAAGAUGGAUCUCAAGCGUACAUGUUCUGGAUUGGGUUCUACAGACCUGUUGUAGUUGUAGCUCACCCGGAGAGUGUCAAGGCCAUUCUGAAGACGUCGGAACCAAAGGCCAAGAGUGGUGGAGGCUAUGAUUUUUUGUUGCCAUGGCUAGGUGAUGGAUUAUUGGUUAGUGAUGGUAAGAAGUGGGAGAGAAACCGUCGUCUGCUGACUCCCGCCUUCCACUUCGAUAUUCUACAACCGUACCUGAAGGUUUACAACCAGGUCGCCCAGACUUUCAUGAGAAAAGUGGAGAGUGCAAGCAAGGGAGGUAACUCUGUUGAAGUGUUUGCCCCUGCAGGCCUAGCUACCCUGGACACCAUGCUCCAGUGUGCUCUGUCCUAUAAGGAGGACAUUCAGGAGCAAGGACAAAGCCAUCCUUAUGUAAAAGCUGUGAUCAGAAUGACCAACUUGAUGCAGGCAAGAGCCUUGAACCCCCUGCACUACAUCCCCUUUGUCUACAACCUGUCCGCCAACGGGAAGGAGUUUUUCAAACUCUGUAAAUAUGUUCAUGAGUUCUCAGAGGAUAUCAUUUCGACCAGGAAAAAGGCACUGGAAUCAGAUCCUGAGUUACUAAACAAGCGUCGCCUGGACUUCCUGGACAUUUUGUUGUCAGCUCGAGAUGAUGAAGGUCAAGGCCUGACUGACCGGGAGAUCAGAGAUGAGGUUGACACAUUCAUGUUUGAAGGUCAUGACACUACCUCAUCCGCCAUCAGCUGGUGUCUGUACGCUCUGGCCAAGUACCCUGCCGAGCAGGAGAAGGUCCUCCAAGACGUCCAACAGGCAGUCGGGGACAAGAAUGAAGUGGAGUGGGACGAUCUGGCCAAGCUGAAGUAUUUACCCAUAUUUAUCCGUGAGUGCAUGAGGAUAUUUCCCCCCGUGCCAGUGGUCAGUAGACAACUCAGCCAGCCACUGGUCAUCGAUGGUGUCGAGGUUCCCAAAGGGGUCAUGGUUGACAUCAACAUUUACCAGAUGCACAGGAACUCAAAUGUCUGGCCAAAUCCCCUGGAGUUUGACACCGAGAGAUUCAGUCUUGAUUCUGCUGCAGGCAGAGACCCCUACUGUUUUGUGCCGUUCUCUGCUGGUCCCAGGAACUGUAUAGGACAGAACUUUGCUACAAAUGAAAUAAAAGUGAUGCUGUGUCAGGUUGUUCGGAGAUUUCACAUCAAGGUAGAUCCAGAUAAACCUGCAGUGCCUUUUCCGGAGGUCGUUCUCCGAGCAGAAAAUGGCCUCCAUCUGAAAUUCUCCAGCAGGAAGAACACAUGAAACCGCGGCUUCAGAACAGAAUUCUGUGAUUCAGAUAUUUGAACAUCCUACGGACUGCACAGAUCAUACAUCUGUUUCUGCUUGAAAGAUGGCCUUGCAACAGUGGCCAUGUUUGUUUGUGUGAGGCAUAGAGUGAGUGAGUGGGUGAGUAUUGUGUUACACCGCUUUUAGCAAUAACCUAGCAAUAUUAUGG